AUGCCGAUUAACUGGAACGACAAAGAGGUGCUCGAGCGUCUCUUCAUCGCGACCCUUGCCUCCUUCGACAACGAGGUGAGUACAACUACACACUGCAACUCCCUUCCACAAACCAUUCUAACCCGCCGUUUUCGUCAGAUUGACAUCAAGGAAGUUGCUCGUCUCCAUGGCGGCGACAUGACCUACCAUGCUCUCGAGAACCGAUUGCGCAAGUGGAAGAAGGAGGCUGCAGCUCUCAAGGAUGAAGCUGAAGGUCGUGAGGGCGCUGCGAAGAGCCCGGUGAAGACACGCGCAAGGAAGGGCGCUGCUAGUCCAGCCAAGGGUGCUGUCAAGGCUGGGCGGAUCACGAAGAAGAAAGCCCUUGCUGCUACCAAGAUCAAGUCUGAGCCGCCUAUCGAGGAAGAUGUGCUCAACGGUAUCGACGAGGAGGCGAUGGAUGAUGACGAGGCGGUUGGCGAAGUUGGCGAGUUCAUCUGA